AGGCGUGUCCUCUUUGACCAACUCAGCAGAGGGAAAGUCGAAGCCAUGGUCACUAAAAACAGCACCAACCGAGAUUUCGAUUUCAAUGUGGAGAUGGAGUCGGUGGGAUGGCUGGAAGUGAUUUAUAUCAUCUCUGCUGCACUGUUCAUUUCUGGAUUGAGAGGAUUCCGUCAUCCGCAGUUUGCCCGUGCUGGCAAUUUGUACAUCAUGGUUGGUAUGACUGCUUGCGUUGGCGCGGUCUAUGCCUCGCCUGGUGUUUCUGGAAUCGGUUACUGGUUGGUUCCCAUAACUCUGUUUCCAGGAGGAGUGCUUGCCAUUAUCAUGAGCUUCAAAGUGAAGAUGACACAGAUGCCUCAGAUGGUAGGGUUGCUUAAUUCCUUUGGAGGGUUGGCUGCUUCACUGGAGGGUAUCGGCCUGUACGUUGACAGAUAUGAGCAAGCGAAACAGGCGCUUCAUGGGAAAGGGUCAUCUGAGCAAGUGUUUCAGGCUGUCUUCUACCUCUGUGGCAUCAUUGUCGGAAUGAUUACGUUCACUGGCUCGGUGGUCGCUGUCAUGAAAUUGGAAGGAUGGAUUCGCAAAAACUUCAUUGUGCCCCUUAGAUCGGUGGUGGUACCUGGCAUGUGGGCUGCCAUGAUAGCUUUGGGAGUGGUGGCAGCUCAGAGAGGCAUUGGAGACGAUGCCGGAAUCGCCGUGUUGCUUAUCAUGACUGCCAUAGCUGCGGUCUAUGGUGUUAUGUUCGUCGUUGCUAUCGGUGGAGCGGACAUGCCUGUGGUGAUUGCACUCCUGAACAGCGGCAGCGGAUGGUCGGGCGUAUUUACUGGCUUCAUGCUGUCCAAUAACCUGAUGAUUGUGGCGGGAGCAUUUGUGGGCGCAAGUGGUGCCAUUCUGUCAUAUGUGAUGUGCAAGGCCAUGAACCGAAGCCUCUACAAUGUUUUGGUAGGUGGUUUCGGGACGGGCAGUGGUGUGAAAGGCAAGGCGAAGAAGGUGGAGGGUGUGGCCACUCGCAUCUCGGUUGAUCAGACGGUUGAUCUGAUGAUGGAUGCGAAGUCCGUGAUCAUUACUCCUGGUUAUGGGAUGGCGGCGGCACGUGCGCAGCAUGCCGUCUAUGAAGUCGUCAAGCUACUCGAGGAGCAGGGAACUCUUGUCCGGUUCGGAAUUCAUCCUGUGGCUGGUCGGCUCCCGGGACACAUGAACGUCUUGUUGGCCGAAGCAAAUGUGCCAUAUGAUAUUGUGCUUUCCAUGGACGAGAUCAACCCGGACUUCCCAAAGACCGACCUUGUUCUCGUCAUUGGUGCGAACGACACGGUUAAUCCUGCGGCUCAGACAGAUCCCAAUAGUCCGAUUGCCGGCAUGCCGGUGCUGGAGGUGUGGAAGGCGAAGAACACGAUCGUCAUGAAGCGCAGCAUGGCGGUUGGCUAUGCCAACGUAGACAACCCUCUCUUCUUGCACCCGAAUAAUGCGAUGCUUCUUGGGGAUGCGAAAAAGACGGUCGACGACCUUGCCAGUGCUUUGCGUGCGAAAACCAAGGGACGGAAGGGAGGUGCUGCUGCGAAAGGCAAGGUGGGAAAGACGGCAGCCGGUGGGGUGGUUGUGGACGAAGACGAGAUUGCGCCCGAGCCGCGCCCGGAGACCUUCAUGAGGCUGGGUGUGCUCAAGGAGACCAAUGAGACGGAAAGAAGAGUAGGCAUCACCCCCAAAAUUGUGAAGAAACUUCUUGGGCUGGGUAUUGAAACUGUCAUCGAGCAUGGGGCUGGUGCGAGAGCUGGCUUCUCUGACGAGGCUUAUCGACGAGCAGGUGCAGCGGCCAUUGAAUCGAGAAUGACCAUCCUUCAGCAAUCGGACUUCAUUGUGAAGGUCAACGCCCCCACCGUUGGUGACAAGUCUGAUUUGUCAUUGAUGAGAUCAGGCCAAAGGUUGGCGUGCCUCGUCAAUCCAUAUCAGAGCAAGGAGGUGCUGGAGACUGCGGCCAGUAGAGGAGUAACCUUGUUGGCUAUGGACGCUGUGCCACGUGUCACACGUGCGCAGAAGCUUGAUGUUUUGAGCUCGCUGGCGAAGAUUGCAGGUCAUCGUGCCGUCCUGGAAGCUGCGUAUCACUAUCAACGGUUCUUCACGCCGGAGAUCACCGCAGCGGGAAAGUACCCUCCUGCCAGGAUUCUUGUGAUUGGCGCCGGAGUUGCUGGGCUGCAAGCCAUCGGAUCGGCGUCCAACAUGGGUGCGGAAGUCCGAGCCUUUGACACGCGUCUGGAGUGCAAAGAUCAGAUUGAAAGCAUGGGCGGGAAGUUCCUGAUGAUGGAAUUUGAAGAGGAUGGAUUGGGAGAAGGAGGCUAUGCUAAACCCAUGUCGGAGGAGUUCAUUGCGAAGGAGAUGGAGUUGUUCCUCGAACAAGCCAGGGAGGUGGACAUCGUCAUCUGUACUGCGGCGAUUCCGGGAAGGAGAGCUCCGUUGUUGUUGAAGAAAUACCACGUGGAGGCUAUGAGGCAAGGGUCUGUGAUCGUCGACCUGGCAGCAGCGACUGGCGGCAACUGUGAGGUUACUAGAGCGGGAGAGGCCUAUGUAUAUGACAACAAGGUCACCAUCAUUGGGUUCACCGACCUCGCAAGUAGGAUGGCUUCUCAAGCUUCAGAGAUGUAUGCGACAAAUAUCUUCCAUCUAUUGCAAGAGAUGGGUGGCGGGAAAGACUUCAAGAUCAACAUGGAAGACGACGUAAUCAGAGGCUUGACAGUGGCACAUGGUGGGCAGGUGACUUUCCCGCCACCCAAGCCUGCUGCGCCUCCGGCUGCGCCGAAACAGCCGAGUGCUGGUCCUGCGGCUGAGGCAUCUUCCGCGACCGCUCCCAAGAGACCGUCCGCAUGGCAGCUGUUCGUGGCAACUCCACUGCUCUCCGGUCUUCUCUCCAUGGGUGACCUCCUGUAUUUUGUUUUCCUUGCCGGCCUUGUCGCCGUUAUCUCCGUCUUUGCGCCUGAGCUGCUCAUCAUGCAGCUAAUGGUCUUCCUGCUUGGAUCUUGGGUUGGCUAUCUGCUUGUGUGGAAUGUGACGCCCGCUUUGCACACACCCUUGAUGAGUGUCACAAAUGCGAUUAGUGGAAUCGUGGUUCUCGGGGGUAUGCUCUCCGUGAGCAAGUGUAAGACGAACGCUUUGUGCGACGAUCACUGGCCAAAACGUGAUGCUGCAUCGAUCGCGUUGAACGCCAUAGCCAUCGUUAUUGCGAGCGGGAACGUGUGGGGAGGGUUCGCCGUCACACACCGGAUGCUGAGGAUGUUCAGGAAAAGCAAGGUUAAGGUGUAACCUUCCUUACUCAGCGGAUCUGUGACUGGAUGUGUUUCCGUCACCACCCACCGUCUUCUCGGUUUCCAACGCCGACGGACAGCCAAAAAUGAUUCUUGGUGCCCGCCGAGACCGGGUUCUUAACUUGUUGAAUCAUUCAUCAGACCUGAUCACACACAGCUGAACGGUCGUGGAUGUUUGUUUCAUCAUAUCAGUCAAUCUAUCUUAACGGUCGUGGAUGUUUGUUUCAUCAUAUCGGUCAAUCUAUCUAAUCGGACAUCCAACUAGGAGGUUGUCUGAGCUGAUGCAGUGCCAUCUCCUGAAUCCUGAUGCAAGUUCAAAUCAACUCCGAUCGGGAGAUCCGGUCUGAUCUUGAAACGAAAUGGAACCGUAAGUUGGCGAAUGGCAUUUGAAGCCUCAUGAGCUCAUGAGCAUAUCCUUUGAUCUGGUAGAGAAGCAUCCGCUGGCCGCUGCGUUUAUCACAUUUUGCACGGCAUGAACUGCUCUGGCUGUCAAUUAGAGGGAUUCGAUAUAUGGGGGAUAGAGGGAAGGCCAUAUGAUUUCACCUGACAUGAUCUGAUGGUUGAGUGUGUCUUGGUGCUGAAAUUACUCGUCACGGUGCUGCGACCGAGAGUCCUGACUGCCUGCAGUGAGUGACGAUGGGAGUAAGGUGAGAAACAGAGCAGGCGGAAAAAGAAUUGGACCGACAGCCUCGACGUUAUUAGUAUAAAACGAUGAAUCGAGAUAUUAUCCAUUCCCACCCACCCACCCACACACACACACACACACACACACACACACAGAGAGAGAGAGAAGGAAAGGUAGGUAGUUAACCGAAGUUGUGCCAUUUUUUUCGAACUUACCAAAAUCACUGUAGCAAACUGUUGUCCCAUGCAGAAUACGUAUUUCAACACAUAUUCCUAUACUGCCUAUACAUAGUACAUGUUUGACGAUAUAUGGAAUCACCCCUCGGGUGUAGAUGCCCUUUCAUCCGGUGUUCGAGUUAAUCCCGAGAGUCUCAUAGAACGGUUGGUCACUCCACUAGGUCUUUGAGACCCCUAACCUUGCAGUCCUCCAUUCAAGUUCCUCACUCUCCCCUAACUCUCCUUACUUAGGAAAUGUGUUAGCAACAGCGAGGCUCUGCUGCUUACCUUUCCUUCUUUAACUUGCUAACCCCUUUCGGGCGAGCAGUCAAACUUUUGGUUGACUGCGUGCUGACCCGAGUUACCUCCGAGUUACAUGGGACUGCGGGAAGCCGUGGAAUUAUCAUUAGGAGUAGACUCUGAGACUAAAUUUGGAAGAGUGGCCGGGGACUUGGCUCUGCUCGAUGGGAUUUCAAUUCAAUCAAAGCCUAGCCAACGUCACUCUCAUUGCGCAAUGUGGCUUAAAGCAUCCAACUCACCCAAUUGGGACCCAACUGCCAAGGUGGAUGAUGUCUGGACACAGCCGUUCAUCGUGCUCUGCAGAUCGUGUUGAGCCCGAGAAGGUACUCGAGUCAAUUCUUCGUGUGCAAGCGUGACGAGUCUAUUAACUGUUGGAUCUUGCUGGUCACAGCAAAGCGACGGAUGGAUAUAAUUUUGCUGGCGACCGGGAUGCGUACUGGAUCUACGGUUGAAAGCGACGGCCGGGAGCUGUUGUGUAAAACUGCAGGAUCACAUACUGGACCUUGAAGGGGACGGCGAUCGCCGAUCGGCUUGAGGAGGGAGAGAGAUUGAUCCAUAAUAUGCCUCCGAGAGGGGGAGGGGUGGGCUGGGGGUGCUGCCUGGAAAGAAUUAUAAGAACUGAUUUUGUUUUGCUUUUUUGUUUUGUUUUGUUUAGUUUUGUUUAAAUUUGUGUUUUGGUUGUUUUUCUUUUUCCCUGUUGUUUUCUUUUUCUUUUAUAACAAGGCAUAUUAGCUCCCUUAAA